AUGAACGGCAAAUCGGCGAAUGGCACAGCGGGCGGAACACUGGCCUGCAUUGAGGGGCUACCCCCACUGCCGAAGAGCUUAAGCGGCUUGCUCAAUUCAAGCGGCGGGUCUUGGAGAGAGAUGGAAAGGAUGUAUGCAAAGAAAACCAUGAUCCAAGACGACCUUAGCCGUGGGCGAAACAAUUCCGACAAUCUGUUUGCGAAUAAACCGGCCAACCUUGAUGCGGCUUUAGCACUCCUCCGAAAAGAAAUGGUAAGUGGAGGGGAUGUGAUUUAUAAUUGCAAACAGGAUCGUGAUGGGGUUGUUUUUCUUCUCGUUUUACAAGGCAGAAUGGUGAAAUCAUAUGAGAGCAGCAGCUGUUCUGACAAUCACGAAAUUACUCCAAAAUGACUUAAUUAAUUCAUGGUCUAAUUAGUACACUAGCUCUUAUAGUCAGCUAAAACAUGUAAACAGAAAUUUGACACUGGCUGUUGCCAAUUUCUGUGAUAAGAUUUGCAACACUGUAGCCAAUACUCAACGGUGACAUGACAACAAUGAAACAUUGAUACAUUGUUAUUACUUGUAGGAUUUGGUGCCAGUUUGGUUUUCUUUGAUAGCCUACAGUCUAUACUAAAUUGAUUUGUGUGAACAGAUGUUUCCGUAUGAGUAGCUAUUUGAAGGUUUACAAAUCAAACUUUCUUUCAGCCUCACUGUAGGCCUAUUCUCUAAUGGGAUUAAUAUUUAUUGAUUUGAAUGGAGAGAAGCAAAUAUUUAUAGCUAAAGGCAUGAAGUAGCCCUUGAUCAUGACUGUUCCAUUACACAACUUUAAACUAGCUUCUGUAGGGGGGAGUCGCGACCCUCGGUCUGAACAUUAACUGGCAUCACUUGCGGUACGGUUUUGGAAACAUAAGGACCUUCUCAUUUAUAAUAUGAAGGAGAUAUUAUACGCAAGACUUAAAAAAAUAAAAAAUGGAUACAGAACUUUAUAGGGUUAGGGUUCCCACACGAUGAACCACCUGUACUAAUUAGCUAUCUGCGUCUAAUUCGUUAUCUGCGGAAGACAGACGCCACAAACAUGUCACUGAAAAAUACUUUCGGCUGCAACUGUUUAAAAGCGGUUACGUGUACAGUAAGUGUGUAUUUUGCAUUUGUGAAAUUAUUUUUGAUAUAUUAUGACAGUAGGGGGAUUUAUGUUUCUAGAACCAUACCACAAUUGGGAACCGAUUCACGUUUAGAUGGAGAAUUUGGCUGUUUUCACUUCCAGAACCAAUUCGCCUUUUAAACAGAACAUUUAGAUUCGUAGACUGCUUCUUCUCUACCCAACGACUACUGAGUAAUGUCAGGUUCCUUUUGUCCAAUAUUGGGCUAGGCAUGAAGCACCAUCUGCUCAUUUUUGUCUUCUCUCAAAUUUAGACCUAGGUAUAGUACAAAACACCCUUUUGUGAAAACUUGAAAUAAUUCUGGUUUAAUUUUGUUUUUUCCAGGUGGGGUUGCGUCAGCAGGAUAUGUCUUUGCUGUGUCAGCUCUGGUCCCUCCAUGAGUCAAUCCAGGAGUACAAGGGCAGUUGCCAUGACCUCAGUGCCGCGCACGGGAUAGAGAAUGGCUACUUCGAUGAAGAUGAUGAAUACUACCAAGAGACCAGCACAACACCAACUGACCAACCGGAGGGAAGUGAGGCUACAUCUCCCAAAAACGGGACUAGCAAGGACUCCUGGCUAGGAGACUCUUUCCACAUCACCAUCUGA